AUGAAAGGUACGAGUAAGCAGCCAUACAAAAAGCUCGACAGCAGUGAGCCUGAACCGGCAGCAUGCACUUCAAAAUCUACAAGACAUUCAUCACCUAUACCUGUAUCGUCAGAUUUACAAUUUGAAUUAUCAACAUUUCAUGAUUAUGAACUGCUUCCAACUACCAGUGGAGCUCGAAACAAUAAGAAUGUUCAGAAUAAUGUAGAGUUGAAUCUUCAGUUCGAAGACCCAAAUGUUUCGCAAUUAACAAAUCCAAAUAGAGGGAAAUCAAAUAUGUACAUGGCAUUUAUGAAUAUGGCUAAUAGUAUUUUGGGAGCUGGGGUUAUAGGCCAACCGUUUGCAAUUAAAAACUGUGGGCUCAUCGGUGGGGUAUGUCUAAUUGUAUUAUUGACGAUUAUUGUAGAUUGGACCAUCAGGCUUAUCGUCAUUAAUUUGAAGUUGACAGGGAAAACCACUUAUCAAGACAGCGUGGAGUUUGCUAUGGGUACUAAAGGGAAACUAUUGAUACUAUUUGUUAAUGGAUUGUUUGCUUUUGGUGGGUGUGUUGGAUUUUGCAUUAUAAUUGGGGACAGUAUUCCUCAUGUUUUGAAGGCAUUCUUCCCAAGUCAUUCAGAAUUAUUUCGCAGGAAUGUGGUUAUAUCUGUGGUUACAUUGUUCAUCUCAUAUCCAUUAUCCUUAAAUAGGAAUAUAUCUAAGUUGUCGAAAGCUUCAAUGUUAGCAUUAGUUAGUUUGCUUUUAAUUGUGGCACUUGUAAUCAUCCGAGCACCUAAGGUGGAAGAUGAAUAUAAAGGACAAUUUACAUGGGAAGAGGCAUUCAUUACACCAAGAGUCUUCCAAGGGAUUUCAAUCAUUUCUUUUGCGUUGGUGUGUCACCAUAAUACUAGCUUCAUAUUUUUCUCAUUAAAAAAUCCUAGUUUGAAAAGGUUUGGUAACUUAACUCAUAUCAGUUGCAUUAUUUCCAUGCUGGUAUGUCUCAUAGCAGGUUAUGUUGGAUUUUUAACGUUUAAAGACAAAACUAAGGGUAACAUUUUAAAUAAUUUCCCAAGUAAUGAUAAUUUCAUCAACUUUGCAAGGUUCUGCUUUGGAUUUAACAUGCUGACCACAUUCCCGUUAGAAAUAUUUGUUCUACGUGACGUUGUUCGAGACUUAUUGUAUUUUCAGUCGGCUGACUCUGAAAGUAUUAUCUUGACCACCAAAGAACACUUCAUCGUUACAUCUGUACUAGUUUUUAUUAGUAUGAGCAUAUCAUUAACUACUUGCAACUUGGGUGCUCUACUUGAGUUGGUUGGGUCCACAACUGCCUCGUUAACGGCAUAUAUUCUUCCCCCUGCUACAACUCUAGCAUUAACAGGAAAAACCAAAACUUUAAAAGAAAGGACACCCUAUUACGCCUGCAUUAUGUUUGGUUUCAGUAUUAUGAUUGUCAGUAGCACCCAGACAAUCCUUUCUGCAAUAUACGGCACUGAAAUUAAGCAUUGUGAAGCUUAA